CAUCACGACAACUUCAGUCUCAACACCGUCAACAUGCCUACGAGACUGACGAAGACGAGAAAACACCGCGGUCAUGUGUCCGCCGGUCACGGUCGUGUAGGAAAGCACAGAAAGCAUCCAGGUGGUCGUGGUCUCGCUGGUGGUCAACAUCACCACAGAACCAACAUGGAUAAAUACCAUCCUGGUUACUUCGGAAAAGUCGGUAUGAGAUACUUCCAUCUCACCCGAAACCAGUACUGGAAGCCAACGAUCAACCUCGACAAGCUCUGGUCAUUGGUUCCCGAAGAGACCCGUGACGAAUACGUCUCUGGCAAGAAGACCGACACCGCUCCCGUCCUCGACCUCCUUCCUCUCGGCUACUCCAAGGUUCUCGGCAAGGGCCGCAUCCCAGAAAUCCCGAUCGUUGUACGAGCCAGAUGGUUCAGCAAGGAGGCUGAGCGCAAGAUCAAGGAGGCCGGUGGUGUCGUUGAGUUGGUCGCGUAAAGAGGUGUCGAGUGGAUAGUGGACUUCACAUUUUGCGGUGGAAGACUUCGAAGCCAGCCUGUUGCCCGGAUUUCCAGCUUCGCUCCGACUUCUGAACACAACUAGAGAAAGGAUACAGGUUGCCGCUGGUGGACAGCUUAGUGCACAAAUGGCACAAGUCUCCGGCGUGGAUUGAACGGAAAGGACAAUGGCAUCGCCUCAAAUUAAGAGAGGUAUCAAUGCAAACGAAAAUGAAAAGAUUACGAAAAACUGCAUCUUGCCGGUCAUUGUUGCAAGUAUCAAGGAUAUUCUUGCAAUCUGUGCUAUCUAUCGUCCUGAAGGGUCACUACCGAU